AUGAAUUUACUUUGAUUUACCUGUUUGAUAAAGUUUCUAUCAAAGCUACAUUAUGCGGGUGUAUCUGACGAGUAUAGUUAUUAGUGUAUUUAUUCUGUUAGCGGCAGCAAAUGAUGAAUUUAAAGAAGAAAUAUUCUUGAAACCUCUUCCACCGACACAUCUUUACUCUUUUUUUCAGUUUAUUACCCUAGUAAAUAAUGAAAAUUCAUUUAAACACGCCCAUUUGGCACCAAGAUCACUGAGUGAAGUGAUUUCCAGAUUUCAUGUAGAGGAACUACAUUUGACUCUGACCGAGGGUCAGUGGAGGCAUGACAAGUGGGGCUACCCGGUGCUGGAUGCGGCCCCAGGGGCUGAAUUGUAUGCCUGGUUCUCAGAGGAUGUAGAGGACGUCGAUAUACAGUGGAGGCAGCUCAGUGCCACACUCUCUGGCCUUUUCUGUGCCUCCCUCAACUUCAUAGAUGGCUUCAACACCAUCACUCCACGCAUGGCACUGUGGCCUUCUGGUGCAUUCAAACAAAACCAAAAUGUCACUUCACAACUAAGAUAUGCAUCACUACCAAGAGAAAUAGUGUGCACAGAAAACCUAACUCCUUGGAAGAAACUUCUGCCCUGUGAAUCCAUCAGAGGAUUUUCAUCACUACUCAACUCCAGAAUGAUCCACAACACCAACUACCACUCAAUAGGAGUACAUUUCAGGAGGAUGUGCUCUAAUAAAGAGUGUUCACAGACUCACUUGGAAGUGAAACAAACAGUCAGUCUAGUCUAUGAUUACAAGAUUUUGAAGAGUGUGGACUGGUCACUGAGGAAGCUCUUUGGUCAAGGUUUACCAGGAGGAUGCCCACUAGCAUCAUCUAGUCAGAUAUAUGUAGACAUCACCUCUAACGAUACCCAACCAUUCAAGUUGACUCCACAACCUGAUAAAAUCAUAACCUCGCAACGCGGAGGGAGUGACACAAAGCUGGCCGUGUACAACAUCAAACCUGAUGGAAUAAUGAUGAAUUUAGCUGCCAAAUAUGGGAACACAGAUAAAAUAAUAGUGCCGCAACCACCUCCAUUGCACUUCAAUAGAUAUGUGCUUGGAUAUGGAAAAGAAUUUGGUGGUAUUGUCACUGAGGUGACCAAUAAUUACCGGUCUCCAAUAAACAUUGUGCUGUUAGAGAAUGCGCCCUGGUGGCUGCCAAUACAGCUGAGCACAUUGAGGAUAAAUGGUGAAGCUGAGAGUAAACUAGUGCUGUCACAGUUCUUUUCUCCGGGCCGGUGUCGACAGAAGCCAUACCACUUGGAGCUGCUUCUGAGGCUACCUGCAAGGUCCACUACCACCAUCACUAUGGACUUUGAAUUUGUAUUCUUGAAAUGGCAGGAAUACCCUCCAGAUGCCAACCAUGGGUUCUACAUUGGAUCAGCAUUGAUCUCAGUCAACUUACCAACAGCCAGGAAUUACACUAGUCUACCUCUGACUGGCAGCACUUAUGACUCUGUAGUCAAUGCUUCACAACCUUGGUACCCUGCAGUGUUCCGUACGAAUGGCGCCAUGGUGUCGCUCCCCACUCCGGACUUCAGUAUGCCGUACAACGUCAUCUGCCUCGCCUGCACGGUGGUCGCCCUGGCCUUCGGGCCUCUCCACAACAUAUGCACCAAAGAACUAGGCCUCAAACCCACAGCCAAGAAACUGACGUGGAAGCAAAGACUGCUUGGCAUUUUCAAGAAGAAGCAAGACUAAGCUAUUGCAGUAUUAUUUGUGUUUUAGACUGAUUCAUGUACAAAUACUUAAGUCUUGUUUGUAUUUAAUUAUGCCACAUUAUUGCAUUUAGGAGAUCUACAGGCAUUCCAAACCCAUUUUAUAAUACCAACUAUUAUUAUGUUAGCAUUAGCAAUAACGAUGAUAAAUCCUUCUUUAAGAGCACCCAGAACAAUGUAGGUUAGGAGUCUGUUAAAGUGAUAAAUUAAAUUCAUAAAUGGCAUACAUACCAUUACCACCAAAUAAAAGUUUUGUUAAUUUUA